AUGGGAGGAACUUCAUUACUUCCAUCAGAUCAACAGCAACAGCAACAGCAACAAGAUAAUGAUACUCAGAUGAGUGAGAAAAAGGUCGAGCUGCCACUGCAGCAGCAGAAGCAGGAACAGGCAGUUCAGGAACAGAUGCAAGAACAAGAACAAGAACAGGAGAAGGAACAAAUGCAGGAAAAGGAUAAAAACGAUCAACCUAGUAUUGAUCAAGAGAUGGAUACAACAGAGGAGACUACAGCCGGUGGUGAACACACGAUUGAGGAGACUGCAACCCAGAAUGUACAGUCUGUCACGUCUGACCAGAGCGCACCAACUCCAUCAUCGUCGAACGACGACGAGGUUCGAACCGAUGGUGGUGGAAGCGAGCACAAUGAGGACGAAGACGAAACAAAGUCUGGAUCAUCCAGCAAGAAGGGAGGAAGAAGCACAGCAGCGCAAAGCAAGAACGAGGUGUUGCUGACGCCAACUCAGGCCAAGGAGCUCUCAAAGAACAAGCGAUGGGUCUAUGUCCCACGAGGAAAGAAGGGCGAGCAUCCUGUUCCAACCUCCCCUCCCCCAGAGAAGGAGGAGGUAGCAAAGCCCCCGGCGAGGACCAGGAAGUCCCUCAACAGCAGCAGCAGCACAAGCAGCAUCACCACCACCACAACAACCGCCGCCACCAAGAGGAUCACCAGAUCAUCGUCGAAACCAAACGUCAGUCAUGAUCAUGAGGAGAAGACAGAAACACCAGAGAAGCUGGGCAGCGAGACAAACGUUGCCAAGCUUCGCGAGACCAUCGCCGGACUGCAGAGCAAGAUCAAGCAUCUCGAGAGCUCGCCUCCCAAGCCAGGCUCACUCAUGACAUCACCACCGAGCAGUGGCCCAAGCUCCUCGCUCUUGUCACCUCCUACGCGAAAGUUCUCCAAUCUCUAUUCGGACGACGAGGACGAGAUGGACGUCGACACCACGACCACAACAACAGCUACGACAACAGCGAUGACACCAUUGGUCACACCAAAGAAGACGACCAGCGACAAUCUCUCUGACGCUGAGGAGGCCACAUCUUCCUCUGCCACAAAGCCAGUGACAAAGACGCGAAAGAGAAAGCCGACGGCGUCUGCUACCCCACCAGUGCAAUCGCGAGCACCACAGAUCAAGAAGUCGCGUUCGUCGACGUCACUGCCCAACACACCACUCAGCAAGCCUGUGCCAGUCACAUUCACAGGCCCGGGCGGAGCAGAGCGAGCACAGAGAAGCACAAAGGGACGACGCAGCAGAGGAGGCAUCGACAUUGCCCUGGAGGGACCGAUGAAGCGAUGCUUGGAGCUGCUCGACGUGCUGAUGAGCCAUCAAUACUCCCCGCCCUUCUUGGCGCCCGUCGACCCCAUUGCCCUCAAAAUUCUCGACUACUUCACUGUUGUCAAGCACCCAAUGGACUUUGGCACGAUUCGACAGACAUUGACUGCGGGCGACUACAACUCCUCGGACGAGUUUGCUGCGGACUGUCGCCUGGUGUUCUCCAACGCCAUGCUCUACAACCCGCCAGCAAACCAGGUGCACGUGAUGGCCAAGGAGCUGGGGGACAUCUUUGAGAAGAGGUUCAUGAAGGCCAUGAACGACCCACCCUCGCCAGAGCUCAAGAGAGGCGAGUACACAGCAGAGAGCGAUAAGAUAAAGCAGCUGACUAUGGAGGUGAAGAGCAUGAGCAAGGAGAUGGAGAAGAUGAAGAGGGAGAGCUCGCGCGGAUCGAUUCGGUCGAGCAGGAAUCACAUCGAGGAGCCCAAGCCAAUGACGUUGGAGGAGAAGACACAGCUUGGCGUGGCCAUCAAUCUGCUCCCACCCAAGAAGCUGCUCAAGCUGAUCCAGAUCAUCAGCCACACACUCAAUCAGAACUCGGCACAGGAGGAGAUUGAGAUCGACUUGGAGAAGCUCGACACUGAGACGCUGCGAAAGCUCGAGUCGUUUGUCGUGUCCUGCUUCCCCGCCGGACAGUACCACAUCCUCACACAGCAUUCGCAGCCGCUCCAAUCACCGCCACUCUCGUCCUCAGGCAACUACCAGACACAGCGCGAGAUCGAGAGCGUCACCAGGGAGAUCAACAAGCUCAACCGUGGCCUUUCAAACUCCAAGAAGAGGCACAACAUCUCCAAGCCCAUCUCCAAGUCGCGUGGUCGCAAGCUCGUGUCGAUGAAGCGAGAGGAGGACGUCGUCGUCGACGACAUGGUGGAGAUUAAUCAUCCGCCCGUGACCAUUGAGAAGGACCAGGUCGAGGUUGUUGACGAGGGCACCAGUGGAUCUGACUCAUCCGACUCAGAGUCAGGCUCCUCGGACUCUGACAGCAGCAGCUACUCAUCAGAAUAUAGUGACAGCGAGACUGAUCAAUCAAAUCAUAGACACAACAACAACAACAACAGCAGUGGCAACAACAGUAGUAGUUUAAGAUCACAACAAUCAUCAUCAUCAUCAUUAGAUAAAUCAACAUCAACAGCAGGCACUGGCAUCAGCUCUACUGUUCCAACACCCAACAUCAUACAGCCAGCCAUCAAGAAGUCCAUUGGUGUACCGAAUACAGUGGCGGCAUGGAGCUUUGACAGUGGUGGAUCAUCAUCAUCAUCAUUAUCAUCAUCGUCAACAACAACACCAUCACCAUCAUCUGCAUCAUCAUCAUCAGCUUCAUUGUCCACAACAACAUUGACAGCAAUCUCAUCAUCAUCUUCUUCAAUUCAUACAUCGACGUCGACAACAACAACAUCCACAUCAUCUACAUCAUCAUCAUCAACAUCAUCAACUAAAGAGACCACUGCACUGCCACCAGUUGCCUCCAAUGCAUCACCUACACACGCCCAACCCCUUUCACCCAACUCACCUAGCCUCCCAACGCUGCCCUCACCAUCGCACGGCUCUGGAUCACCAGUGCACCAAUCAAACAACAACAACAACGCAACAGGUGCCGAUUCUACAUGGAAUCACUUCAAGGCCAAGAACCUCACUCUUAUACAGAAGGAGAGGGAGCGUAUCGAGCAAGAGGAGCAGAUCAAGCGAGAGAAGGAGGAGCGCGAAGAAGAGGCCCGACGCGAGGAGGAGCGCAAGAAGCAAGAGGUGAUCGAGGCUCAGAAGCGACAGAAGCAGAAGGAGCUGGACGAGGAGGAGGAAGCCAAAAAGCAAAUCGAAGCAUCAAGAGCUGCUGCUAGAGAGGCAAGAGAAAAGGCUUCACAGAACGGCAAGUCAAACAUGUCGUUCCAGCAACAGAUGGAGAUGAUGGCCUCGUUUGAGAAUGGCUUUAGCAACAAUGAAUCGACUGUAGAGAUGUCGCUCAAUCUUCAGUUCAAGCAGGUUGAGGACAACUACGACUCUUCUGCUGCAGCUGCUGGAGCCAUCAAGGAGUAA